UGGAGCCGGAGUUGGCACGGACGGUGGUGGAGAGCGUGGAGCGGCUGCUGCAGAGCUGCCCCCGGGGCGGCGAGGCCGAGCUGCGGGCGCUGAUGAAGCUCAACAAGAAGCUGGCCAAGGCUGUGGGGCACAUCUUCCAGCUGGAGGACGGUGACCGGCAGAAGGAGGAGGAGAUCCGUCGGCACAGCGCGAUCUACGGCCGCGGCGAGGCCCGGCGCCGGGAGGGCAAGCAGCUCACCCUGCACGAGCUCAUCAUCAACGAGGCGGCCGCCCAGUUCUGCCUUCGGGACAACUCGCUGCUGCUGCGGCGCGUCGAGCUCUUCUCGCUGUCACGACAGGUCGCACGGGAGAGCACCUACCUGUCCUCGCUCAAGGUUGCCAGGGCCCAUCCCGAGGACAGCGGUGCCAUCGUGGCCAAGCGGCUCAAGCAGGAGGCGGGGGAGCAGAGCCGCCCUGAGCUCCUGGCACUGCCGGUGGGGCUGGAGCCCCCCGGGGCCGGGUACCGAGCCA